GUCUUGUGAUGAGUUCGGAAAUGGAGACAUUUGCGAUUGGUACUUUGCUCUUUAAGGAGUGGCCAACAAUGACAGAAUCCGGAAAUGCAGAAAGCUUUUCAAGCGAGGUGACAUUUCGUGCAUCAGCAUUGUAAAUGGCGGACGCUAGAGGUGAGGCACCCGGCCCCGGGGAGGCUUCUGACCUGGCGACGCGGGUUUUGAGAAUAAGUCAGCUGGAUGCUUUUGAACUGGAUGGAGCCUUGGAACAGCUCGUUUGGUCACAGUUCAGCCAGUGUUUCCAGCACUUCAAGCCAGGCCUUUUAACCCCUUUUGAGCCUGAGCUCAAAGCGCUGCUCCAGCUACUGCUGUGGCGCUUCACCGUCUACUCCCAGAGCGCCACGGCAGGCCAGGCGCUGCUCAGCAUCCGCUACCGCGACGCCUCCUCCGGCGCGCGCCGCUACCGGCCUAUGAGUCGGCGGCAGAAGCUGGGCUUGGCGCUAUGCACGGUGGGGGGGCGCUGGCUGAGGGAGCGCUCGCAUUCGCUCUUCUUGCGGCUCCCCGCCGACUCGCACGCCCGUACGGCCCGCCGCGCGCUGGAGCUCCUCGCCGGGCUGGCCAGCGCCGCCAGUCUGCUCAACUUCCUGCUGUUCCUGCGGCGCGGCAGCUACCCCACGCUGGCGGAGCGGCUGCUGGGGGUGCGGGCGGAGUUUAGCCGGCCACAGGGCCCGCGCGACGUCUCCUUCCACUACGUCAACCGCGAGCUGCUGUGGCACGGCUUCGCCGAGUUCCUCAUCUUCCUGCUGCCGCUGGUGAACGUGUGGAAGCUCAAGUCCGCCGCGCUCGCCCUCUUCUCGCCCCCGCACCCCUCUGCGGACGCCGACGCGUCUGAGUCCACCAACUGCAAAGAGUGUGGGCUGUGUGGGGAGUGGCCCACGAUGCCUCACUCCGUAGGCUGUGGCCAUGUGUUCUGCUACUACUGCAUUAAGGGCCACGCCAUGGCAGACAUGUACUUCACCUGCCCCAGGUGUGGGGCUGAGGGCGGUGCCGUGGAGCCAGUAAGGCUUCCGGUGGAGCUGACGGAAAUCCGACAGGAUUAGGAGACAUCAUGGCUCCAGCUUUGCUUCCCUAAAAGUUGGUUUUGUGUACACAUGUCCAAGAAUUAUUAGUUAUUAAUUGAUUAUUAAUUAAAGAAUACAUUAUUUGGGAGAUUAAAUUGUGUGCCACUCCUUACCUUGUUCCUAUGUGCCUCAACAUAAACUGCAUGUUGGAGUGUAGUCAUGUGAAGUAUGCAAAUAUAUAAAGAGACAGUAUUUAUAAGUGAAUUAAAUUACUGUAUAUCUUGCGUAUGUAAAAUAAUGUGGAUAUUUGCUGCCUUCAAUUUUUUGUUGUAAAUAAACCGAACAAAACACAUGCGUUAAAGAUCUGAGUGACUGAUUACAUUUUUUAAAUGUAUGGACUUCAUGUCUGUCCAAUUUGUGUCAUGUCAUUAAAAUUUCAUGCAGACUGUU